AUGUCCACUCUCAGGACUUUCCCCACCCUCAGGAAGAACUGCUACACCGUCAAAGUCGGUAAGGGACAGAAGGUUCUGAUUCGAGCAAGCUUCUUCUAUGGAAACUACGACGGCAAAGACUCUCCUCCCACCUUUCAGCUUCAUUUUGAUGGCAAUUUCUGGGCCACUGUCAACACUUCGAGCCUGAGAGGUGUGUAUCAUGAGGCCAUUUAUGUUACCAAGAAGAACACGACCAGUGUUUGUGUUGCUCAGACAUUUAAGGAUCAGAUUCCUUUCAUUUCUGGGUUGGAGAUUCGGAGCUUAGAGAUGAGCAUGUACAGUCAUGUUGAUUCUGGGCGUGCUCUUUUCCUGUCCAACCGAGCCAACGCUGGUGCAAAUUUCAGCACUAGGUACCCAGAUGAUGCUUAUGAUCGGAUUUGGAGAGCAGAAGGUGGUUUUGUGUUAGUGGACAAUGUGGUAAACAAAGCUCCAUUUAUUGACGCCAGCAAAGCAGAAGAUCAACCACCUCUUUCUGUUCUUCGAACUGCAACCACAACCACAGGAACUUUAUGGGGCAUUGUUCUUAACACGGACCUUCCUUCCACAAGCCAACCUAUCUAUAUCACAGCCUACUUCUCUGAAGUCACUCGCCUUCGUUCCAACGAAACAAGAUCCAUUCAAGUUGAGAUCAACCAAGUUCCUUAUUCACAACCUUUCGUCCCUCCUUUUGGAGCUGUAUCGGAGCUUCGCAUCACAAACAGAACUGCAAAUUCAAACACAAGUGUGGCUGUUUUCGCAGAUAGAAGUUCCAAUCUUCCUCCUUUGCUUAAUGCCUAUGAAGUCUACACUGUUAGUGGUGCACUUACUGAUGGAACCGACAAUGACGAUGUGGAAGGAUUAGCAGCACUGCAGAGAAAUUUUGGUAUGCUUCAGAAAUGGAGUGGUGAUCCUUGUCUUCCAUCUUCAUUUUCAUGGGAAUGGCUUGAAUGCAACUCCGAUGCCUCCCCACGUGUCACCACAUUGAAUCUUGGAGGCUAUGGCUUAUCAGGACCACUGCCGGACUUCAGUUCCAUGACUGACCUGGAGACAAUCGAUUUGCAUAACAACAGCUUGUCGGGACCAAUUCCCAGCUUUCUUGGUUCAUUUCCAAAACUGAAAUUGCUGAAUUUAGCAGAUAAUAGAUUCAGUGGAACCAUACCCAAAUCGCUGUCUCAAAAUAAAAACUUGAAACUAAUUCUGACAGGUAAUUGCUUAUCUGGCAUGUCAUGUCCACCAUUACCACCUUCAACCCCUUCCCAUGAAUCGCCGUCGACACCACCACCUUCUCAUGAAACGCCGUCGGCACUGCCUCCUUCAACCCAACCUUCUCAUGAAAAGCCGUUGACACCACCACCUUCAACCCCUUCUCAUGAAACGUCGUUAACACCGCCGCCUUCAACCCCUUCUCAUGCAACGCGGUCGGCACCGCCGUCUUCUCAUGAAACACAGUGGGCACUGCCGCCCUCAACCCCUUCUCAUGAAUCGCCGUUGACACCACCACCUUCACACGAAACGCCGUGGGCACUGCCGCCUUCAACCCCUUCUCAUGAAUCGCCAUUGACACCACCACCUUCACAUGAAACGCCGUGGGCACUGCCGCCUUCAACCCCUGCUCAUGAAUCGCCGUCGACACCACCACCUUCAACCCGUUCUCGUGAAAUGCCGUUCGCAGGAAUGCCUCCAUAUGGGGCAGCUGAAGGACCAGUUGCUGGUUCAGGUGUUCAACCAGGUGGCUCAGAGAGCAGGAAGAUGACAUUGAAAUCCACAGCCAUACUCUCUUUGUCAUUGCUUUUGUUGUUUCUGCAUCUGAGCAACUACUAG